AUGUUUCCAUCUAUACCCAAAGCUUUCUUUUUACUUGGCAUUAUCUUGCACACUCCUUCUGGCAGAUGUGAGGAUACCACCAUCGUCCGUGAUGUCGCCAUCAUAGGAGGUGGAUCAGCUGGAACCUACGCUGCUGUGAGACUCCGAGAUGAAGGAAAGUCUGUUAUUGUGAUUGAGAAAUCAGAUAUCCUUGGAGGCCAUACAAACACAUACCAAGAUCCAGUCACCAAUCAGACUGUGGACUAUGGCGUUGUGGUCUUCCACAACAACCAACUUGUCAAGGACUAUUUCGAUCGUUUGAACGUAUCUUGGGUUGUCGCAGUCCCAGACUUCAGCACGUCUGCCCCCCAUUGGCUAGAUGUUGACACUACCAAGACGAUCAACUAUAGCAGCCCCGAUCCUUCAGCUGCUUUCGCCGCAUAUGCACAACAACUGAGCAAAUACCCUCAACUUGAAGCUGGAUUCUUCCUUCCUGACCCUGUACCUCAGGACCUACUACUGCCAUUUGCCCAGUUCCUUGCCAAGUACCCGACUAUUGCAAAUGCCACCUAUUCUAUAUUCACCUAUGGCCAGGGUCUAGGCGACUUCCUACAACUUCCCACAUUAUACGUCUUUAAGGGUGUUGGAAUAAGCGUCGUCAGUGAUAUAGCCGGUGGAUUCUUGUUGACAACAAGCCAAAACAACUACGAGAUCUAUGACCAUGCAACACAGCUGCUUGGCCAGGUGGAGCAAACACAGAGCCGAGACAAUAAAAGCAUUGAGCUAAUAAUUCGAACUGCAAACGGUCGUCAGACGGUGAGAGUAAACAAAUUGCUGAUCACAAUUCCGCAGAAUUUGGAGAAUAUGGAAGUUUUCAUACUCGAUAAGCGGGAAUCAAGCCUCUUCGGCGAGUUCAAAAAUGCAGCAUAUUACACAAGUCUAGUGAGCAAUACUGGGUUACCGGCAGGCUUCUCCUCAAGCUCGGUCAGCGAAAAUACUGCAUACCAUCUUCCCAAACUACCUGGUAUCUACUCGAUUUCUGCGACAGCAAUCGAUGGAGUCUUUGACAUAAAAUACGGAAGCCCCAGGUCUAUUCCAGACGUCGAUGUUCAGAAAGAGAUAAUUUCCUACAUCAAGAAGCUGCAAGCCAACGGUUUCCCAACAACCGUAGAAGGAAAUCCUAAUUUUGUGGAGUUCAAAAGCCAUGCUCCAUUCGAACUGACGGUGUCAUCUGAUAGUAUUGCGGCUGGGUUUUAUAAAGACUUGUAUGCGUUGCAAGGUCAUCGGAAUACAUGGUAUUCUGGAGCUACCUUCCAGUCUCACGAUUCAUCGCUGAUUUGGAAUUUCACUGAGUCGGUUGUGCUACCGCAGUUGUUGAAAUAG